AUGGGCCUGACAGACACGCCUCCCCCUCACGUCCCUUCGUGGGUCGUGCCAGUCUCGGGCGCCCUUCUCAUCGCCGGCGCCAUCUUCUGGGACAUGUGCUACGUACUCAUGUCAAUCCGCUCCCACAGAACGAAAUCAUACGGCAUGCCCCUCUUCGCCCUCGCGCUGAACCUCUCCUGGGAGAUCAUCUACGCAACUCGCGUCGCCGAACACCCUCUCGAACGCCUCGGCUUCCUCGUAUGGCUACUCCUUGACGUACCGCUCGUGUACACGACCCUCAAGAACGCGAAACACGAGUGGCACCAUGCGCCGCUUGUCGCGGAGAAUAUCGGCAUUAUCCUUGCGAUCAUGGUGGCCCUUGGGUGCGCGGCGAACUACGCCGUCGCAGACUGGUGGCUGUCGGCGCCCGGUACCGGGUACGGAGACAAGAGCGGCAAGUGGUGGGCCGGACAGGAAGGUUUCGAUUGUACGGAGCUCGCUUUCUGGACUGCUGGUCUGGCGCAGUUCGCCCUUGGGACGGGCUGUCUUGCGAUGUUGCUUGUCAGAGGUCACUCUGGGGGCGCGAGUUAUGCGAUCUGGUGA